UGCGAAUUCUGCACGAAAACGUUCACGCUGAAGAACUACCUGAAGCUGCAUGUGAAGCAGGUGCACGAGCAGAACGAGCGGAAGCACGUGUGCAGCUACUGCCAGAAGAGCUUCGCCUACGCCGAAAGUCUGCAGGUCCACGUACGUACCCAUACGGGAGAGCGGCCUGUACUCGAUGCGAGUGCCUGCCCCAAGGCUUUCGCGUCGCAGGGUAAUCUACAGUCGCAUGAACGUACUCACACCGGAGAGAGGCCGUACGCCUGCAAGCAGUGCGAGCGCACAUUUAUACAGAAAAGCCAGCUGACGGCCCAUGAGGCGACGCACAAUGGGGGAGGGGCAGGGAAGAAGCACUCCACCGCCUCAUCCACCGCCUCAAUCCACCAGCUGCCAAUCGGGGAGCAUACCUGUGCUGGGUGCUCCAAGCGGUUCUCGUACGCCACCAAUUUAUGCCCGUAUUGCGGAGUGCAGGCGAACUUCCAGAUCCGGCAACGCCCACUUUCCGGGGAUAAGGCCGUAAGUUUUUGGCACAAAUGCGCGGGAUGCGGCAAGGGAUACGCGCAGAAGAUUGGCCUCCGCGCCCACUGGGAGCAGUGUCCGCUCUUCAAGGCUCGUGCUCGUGUCUCAUCCGAAUCUCCCAUCAACGUCGAGACCGACUCGGACGGCACGUUUGAAGACAGCCCCAAAAAGCUGGCGAUGCUCGGGAAUUAUGAACCAAGCGCCUUCUCGGUGCCGGUGUGCUCGCUUCCUGACGCGUUCGCCUUCCAGCCCUGCAUGCAGUCGGCCACCGCCCAACUCGCCGAUCAGCUGCUGCCCCCAACGCCCACAUCAUCACUCCCCACUCCCACGCUACCACCACUCGACCCCGCACUCCUGUCCACGCUGCUGUCGGCGGGCGGGCCGAACGCGCUGCCCCAGUUGCAGCUGUUGCUUCAGCUAUAUAAAACCCGCAAAUCCCACAAUUUUGAGGAGUUGUUUUGUGCGCAGGACGUCCCGAUUUUUAGCAAUUAUCGCCUUGGCUGUAAUAGUGCUCGCCGUCUGGACCACCGUACGCCGACGGCAAGAAGUCAUUUUUGCUCAAUUUUGACUAAAAUAAAUCCAUUAUUAUUUAGGGGAGGAGGGCGACAGAUUUUCUUGAGAUUCCCGGACGAGGAGGCGCACUUCAAUUUCACGAUGUUGCCGACGUCUCUAAAUUGCGGUGGAUUAAAGCAAUUGGUAAUGGUCCAAUCGGCACCGUCAAGUUUUGACAGUCGUAUGGGCAUUCGGCAUACAUGGGGCGGCACAAAUGAGAGUGUUCUAAUUCAGAAUGGUCACUCACUUGUACUGUUCCUCCUCGGCUCAACGAAUGACCCGAAGAUUCAGCAAGAUAUCGAGAAAGAAUCCUCCCUCUAUAAUGACAUUGUUCAAUAUUCAGCCAUUGAUAGCUAUCGAGCUUUGGUUUAUAAGAGCCUUGUCAUGCUCAAAUUCCACGAUGUCUACUGCCCGGCCGGGAUUCUCAUCAAGGCCGACGAUGACGUGUUGAUGGACAUCGACAACGUGCAACGUCGAUUGGAUGCUACUGGAUUUCUAGGAACCCCGUUCAUCGCCGGGCUGGUUGCCGCCGAGGGUUCGACACCCAUCAUACGACAACAAAACCAUAAAUGGUACGUCUCGGAAGACAAACUUCCUGGUUCAUACUACCCAAUCUAUGCCAAGGGGUUGGCUUAUAUCAUCUCACGGAAGCUACGCCCGCUGCUGCUAGCUGCGACUGUUAAAUGGCCAUUGAUUCCGAUCGAAGACGCCUACGUGACCGGAUUACUCGCCAACAACACUUCAAUCAAAUACGUGUACAUGGAUGGGUAUAUCUACGACUCGGCCGUCCCGAAGAAGUUCCACUGCUUCGACGGCCACAUAACGUUGAUUUGUGCACAUGCUUUUAAGGGCGAGACGCGAUUACGUGACGGUUGGGAGUUGAUGAAGCAGUUGAAGUGU